AUGCUCGAAAAGCUUCCGCCAGAGAUUCUCAGCCGUGUUCUCGAGAUCGCGAUAGAAACAUGGGGCAUUGGAUUUCUUCCGCCUAUCUGCCUCGUCUCCUCGACUUGCUAUCAUGUCGUCAACUCUUCGCCAAGCCUAUGGGGAAUUCUGAACGUCGGAAAACGUUCGUCUAUGUCGGUUCUUUCCACUCAGCUCGUCAAAGCGAAAGAAAGCGAGUUGCGCAUCUAUGUCGCAAGUAGGGGAUGGCAGAAUCGAGGCGCGGACAAGCAUAUGAAGAGGUUCACGGCUAGACUAGCGGAGCUGUCCAGGAAUUGGGUGGAGAUUUCUUGCCCCUCUUCGCUGCUGGCUGUCACCAAGUGGUCGAACAUGGCACGCCUGAGGACCUUGACCCUUUCCUAUAAUCGUGGCGGAGGGGCACGGGAAUUCUUUGGCGCGGAUAGCCCCAGAAACUCUAUCCUCAGCUCUUUCACAGCCGUUAAUCUGCCUCAGGACUGGGUCCAGGGUUUUUUGGGCCCUAGUAUAUCUUACUUCGCCUGGGGUCGGUUCCAGGCAGAGAGCCCUAUGCUUGUGCAGAGAUACCUGGCCCUCAUCCCCAACGUGCACACUCUCGGCAUAUCGGACGGGUCUCUUCAAGAAGUCCAUGAUGAUAUGCCAGUCAACUCGCUGGAUAAUCUGCACCAUCUUGAAAUCGCGCACGUCAAGCACUUUUCACCCAUCUUACUUUACACCAGAGCCCCAUCACUUCGGGUGUUGGCAAUUCGUCAAAGCGUUGGGCAGAUGAGCCUCGUUUUUUCGCAUUGGAGCCAGCCCAGGUUUCUGCCCUCUCACCUCCAAAAUCUGGAACUUUUCAAUUGCUUCGAGCGCCGGGACACGCCUUUUCUGAUUCAGUGGCUGGCUCGUCUUCCCAAACUACUCCGUCUCGCUAUUUCAAACGAAGACGCGGAUUUUUCGGCCAAUCCAGCCGCCCGAACUUCACACAACGACCUGGUCACAGCGAUGGUCGAUCCCAACGGCGCUGGAGACGGAUGGCUGUGUCCCUCUCUCAUUCAUCUGUGUCUGGACUACAGCCUUCGCGUUGCCGAUCUCCUGCCGAUGGUGCGAGCACGAACGAGCUCGAACAUUGCAUCUCCGGCGAUUUUGCGUACGGGGAGGGUACCGAGGCAAAAUGCAUCUGUUUGGGCUGUAGCUUCCACUUGGAAGGGUCUCGGAAAGGGCGGAGCCAAGCGUCACCGUAAGAUUCUUCGUGACAACAUCCAGGGUAUCACGAAGCCCGCUAUCCGUCGUCUCGCUCGUCGUGGAGGUGUGAAGCGUAUUUCCGGUCUCAUCUACGAAGAAACGCGCGGUGUCUUGAAGAUCUUCCUUGAGAACGUCAUCCGGGACUCGGUCACGUACACCGAGCACGCCAAACGCAAAACCGUCACCGCUCUUGACGUCGUAUACGCUUUGAAGCGUUCCGGUCGCACCCUGUACGGUUUCGGCGCGUAAACGAGCUGAACAUUUUCUACUCACCACCUGUCUUGUCCUACCCACACUACUGUAUUCUUUAUCAACCACCGUCUUGUACCUUUCUAUGUAUGAGGAGGCUGCAUGCCCUAUGAUAAUACGCUCAGGCGGUCGUUCCCUUCCAG